AAUUGUUUUAGGGUCAUAUUAUCUGAUACAUGAUUUAAAAAAGUGGAUUCACGACCCUCCAGUUCAGAUAGGGGUUGCAGGUCCAACCAUCAAAAUGUACCAGUCAAGGGGAUUAGGAGUCAUGACGGGGUUGUUUUUCCUGUUUGUUGCAUCAUCUGCAUACUCCAAUUUCAACAUUGAAUUGGUUUUGAAUACAAACAUCGAACAUUCAUUAAACCCGGAACGUUUUUCACAAAGACAAGGGUACGGCCCACAUUCACCUAAUAAGCAUGGGUACAGCUCUGUCGUCUCGGGAAAACCAAGUCCUCACUUCAGGAGACGUUCAAGGUUGCCCGAGCCUGACCAAGAAGUUCUACUGAAAAUUCCUGCAACCUUUAACUGUAGGUGUUAUAAUGACGAUCCAGUUCAGGGCAGGAUUCACUACCAAUCACGACGAAGAUGGUUGCAAAGUAAAAACAGACGUCGUGAGGCUGAGGAGGUAGAGGAAGAAGAAGAUGACGAUGAAGAUUGUGAUUUUGCGAGGAGGCUUUCUUGCGAUUACACCUCAAAAUUCAGAACAAUUAAUGGGAGCUGUAAUAACCUUGCUCAUCCUUACUGGGGAAUGGCGGAAACGCCGCUCAUCCGGUUCCUCUGCUCGGUCUAUGAGGACGGCAUGGGUGCUCCGAGGAGUAGAGGUAAGUUUCGACCUCUCCCGGAGCCCAGGGAAAUUAGGUUGAAGGUACACGACAAGAGUCGUCCGCGCCAUGAACUGAAAAGGUUUACCCAUUAUUUGAUGUUCUUUGGACAAAUGUUGAGUCACGAUCUUCAAGAAAACGUAAAAUCUGAAACACCCGACGGAGAAGAUCUGGACUGCUGUGGUAUCCACAGAAGUGACCCUAACUGUAUCAUGAGAUUAAGAAUAAGGGGCAAUGACCCAUUUUACGGCCCCUUUGGAGUACGCUGUUUGAAUUUCUCUCGCUCUGAAGCAUCUCCCGACUUAAAUUGCAAUUUCAAGGUGCGUCAGACCAUCACAGAGUACACUAUGUACAUCGACGGCUCGUCGUUUUACGGAUCAAACGAAAAGGAUUACCCGGAUUUAAGAACAUUUAUCGGUGGUUUACUGACAACGCAAGACCACCCCCACGGCGAAGGUGAGUUGAUGCCUCCCACAGACGAACCGGAGGACGGAUGUCGCGAAACAACCUUCAAAUGUUUCCACUCUGGCGAUGGUCGAGUAAAUCAACAGGCUCCACUUAUUGCUCAGCACACGCUCUGGCUUCGUGAACACAACAGACUCGCCAGAAAGCUGGCGGAGCUGUAUCCUAAUUGGGACGAUGAAAGGCUCUUCCAGGAAGCCAGAAAAAUAGUGGGCGCCAUGUUCCAACACAUCACAUACACAGAGUACCUGCCACUGAUUCUCGGUGAUGACAUCAUGGACCAGUUUCAACUCAGACCCCUCCCCAAAGGUUCCUUUUUCGAGGGAUACGAUGCAUGCGUUAACCCUACAAUCCGCCAGGGAUUCUUCGCUGCUGCUUUCCGGUUUGGACACAGCAUGAUCAACGAUUUCGUCGGAUUUCAGCCGGCCUCGGGUGACUACCACCGGGACCGUUUAAGGGAUAUCUUCAAUAUUCCGGACCAUCUGUAUCAAAGGGAAGGAAUCGAGCAAACCAUUCGUGGCCUCUACCUUGAGCGGUCCCAAAGUGUUGACAGGUUAAAGUCAGAGGAAGUACUGAACCAUUUGUUUGAGAUUGGUCCCGGUACAGGGUCAGACCUGAUCUCCAUCAACAUCAACAGGGGGCGGGACCACGCCAUCCCUCCCUACAUGAGCUACAGGAAGAUGUGUAACCUGUACACCACCAACAAGUUCUCCGGCCUUGUGGACCACACCCAAGAUGUCCGCGAACUCCUAGCGGAAACUUACGAUCAUGUCAAUGACAUUGAUUUGUUUACGGGCGCUGUCUCCGAGACGCCAUUAGAUGGCGCUUUAGUGGGACCAACGCUGGCCUGUAUCAUUGGACUGCAGUUCAAAGCGCUGAAGGUUGGAGACCGCUUCUACUACGAAAACAAUAAACCUUACGCAGGCUUUCGUCUUUCCCAAAUUGACCAGAUCAAGAACACCACUCUGGCUCAAGUUAUCUGUAGAAAUAUGAACAUUGGGAAGAUACAGAAGAACGUUUUCAUUCACGGUUUGCCUGAAGUGGACUGUGCAGACAUUCAGAACGACAUUGAUCUGACACACUGGGCUGACCCUACACCUUAGUGUCAUACCGGGAAACUUUUCUCCUCUCAGUGCAAUUUGUCUUUUACUUUCAGAUAACAUUUAUGUUUCGUAAUUCAUUAUUCAAUGUCGUUCAAUUUCUUGAUACUUCUUUUUUCAAGAUGGCAUAAAUUUGAAUUUGAUUUAUUAAAUAGU